GCAAUUGUCAAUGUCCAUUGUCAAAGUCAAAACAUUACAAAAAAGCCACUAGUAUUAGAAUUAAUUAAUUAUAAUUAAUUGGAAAUGAAGAAAUGAAACACACUUUCACAACAAAAUUGUUUGAAAUUGUCGUCUUUUUAUUAGUGCUUGAUAAUAUUUUGUAGUUGUACUAAAUUAACAACCAUAUCUUGGGCGUGUGACAGUGCAGUGGAGUUGUUUGCAUACAAGUUAAAACUUGUGUUGAUUGUGUAGUAUUGUUCAACAAUUUAUAUUUCCGCCUUUGUUAUCACAGAAAUGCUCAAUAUAAUUGAGCAAUGAUUGUUUGUAAUUUAAGAAAUCAUAUAAACUCCACUCAACCGCUAUUGGAUAACUGGUGGCGGCACAGAGGAUGUGGCAGAGCGCGGGUGGAGGCGGCGGGCACUGCGUGGCGGUGUGGGAGUGGCGCGGCGCGGAGGGCUGGCUGCCGCUGGCGCCGGGCGUGAGCCGCACGCUGGAGCGCGCGCACGCCAAGCGGCUGACGCGCGUGGCGCUGGCCGACGCCGAGCCCGCGCUGCGCGGCCACCACGUGAACCUGCGCGCGCUCAGCAUGAGCCGCGAGCUGGCGGCCGGCCGCGCCGCCACCUGCGCCGUGCGCCGCGCGCUCUACGACCGCCGCUCGCCCGCCGCGCGCGGCCUGCGCUGGGACUGGGCCGCCGCCGCCGCCGCCGCCGAGUCGUCGUACGAACCGCUGCCCAUGGACGUGCAGUGCCGGCUGGAGGAGGCGUGCGAGGCGGGCGGCACGGUGUCGUUCGCGGGCUGGGCGCUGUGCGCGGCGCAGCGGACGGCGCGGCGCGCGGGGCUGGUGCGGCCGCUGCGCCGCGUGCCGCAGCCGCCCUACCCGCUCGCGCCCGCGCCCGCCGCCGCCGCCGCCGCCAGCAGCCUACACGACCCACCGCCGCCGCCGCCGCCGCCCGAGCGACCCGUGCAGGAAGGGCGAAGAGCACACAUCCCGCAGCAGCACACGGGCUCGAGCGUGCAGUCGGUGCAGUCGGCGCAGUCGCUGCAGGCCGCGCAGCCGCUGCAGCCGCUGCAGCCGCUGCAGCCGCUGCCGGCGCGGCAGGGCGCCCGCAGCGCCUCGCCGCGGGAACGCAAGCCGGGGCUGGCGCGGCAGAUACUGCACAACUUGAAUAUAUUCAGUAACAACAACAAAGCCAGCGGGCACGCGGACAGCAAGCAGCAGCUGUCGCGUAGCGCGGAGCAGCUGGGCGGCGCCGCGACCCGCGCCCGCCGCCACAGCGUCGACACCGUCUCCACCUACCUCAGCCACGAGAGCAAGGACAGCCUGCAGCAAGGUUCGGUGGGUGAACUGCUGAACUGCAGCGCGGGCAGCGACGACGUGUUCGACGCGCCGCUGUCGCCCGCCGAGCUCGACGUGCCCGACAUGCCCGACAUGCCCGACAUGCCCGACAUGUCCGACGUGCCCGACAUAUCCGACAUAUCCGACAUGUCCGACGUGCCCGACAUACCCCUCUCGGACGGCUCCAUCGUCGGCGUGGACGGCGCGUCGUCGGCGGUGUGCGUGUGGGUGCGGGCGGUGUCGCGGCCGCAGUGGGGCGCGCUGUGCCCGGCGUGCCUGCUGCCGCUCGGCGCGCCGCCGCCGCCGCUCGGCGCGCCGCCGCCGCCGCCGCCGCCGCCGCCCGCCGCGCCGCCCGCCGUCGCCGUCGCGCUCACCGGCUGCCAGCACAUGCUGCACCUGCACUGCCUCAACGACCAGCUCGAGCGGCUGCGCGCUGUCGGGGAGCAGCUGUACAUCUCGUGCCUGGUGUGCGGGCGCGUGUACGGGCGCGAGCAGGCGGCCGAGGGCGGCGGCGGCGCGCAGCCGGCCGGCAGCAUGACGUGGAGCCUGCAGCCCACGCCGCUGCCGCCCUACCCGCACUGCGCCUCCAUCGUCGUCACGUACAGCUUCCAGGCCGGCCGGCAGGGCGCGCUGCACCCGCGGCCCGGCGCCGCCUACUACGCCGUCGGGUUCCCGCGCCGCGUGUGGCUGCCCGACUGCGCGCUCGGCCGCCGCGUGCUGGCGGCGCUGCGCGCGUGCUGGCGGCGCGGCCGGCUGUUCGAGCUGCGGGCCUCGCGCACCACCGGCCGCGACCACGUGGUGGCGUGGCGCGCCGCGCCGCCGCCCGCCGCGCCCGCCCACUACGCGCCGCUGCCCCGCGCCCACGCCGACCGCCUGCUGCUGGCCGCGCUGCACCGCCUGCACCGCCUGCACCGCCACCACACCGCCUGACACCGCCACCACACCGCCACCACACACUUACACAUUCACGACGACAAAAUUAAAAAAUUCAAUUUAAUUUACAUUAAAUUACAUUAAUUUUAAAUAAUUUAAUUAAAAUUUUAAUUUAAAUUAAAUUUAAAGGUAUAUAGCUUUGUUCAACUUUAAUUAAAAAAUAAUACAGCAGAAAUCAUUGUCUAGCUGUCAAAUAUAUGAUUAUGCUGUAUACAUGUAAAAAUUCACAUUAAUACCUUAUACAUUUUAUGCUCCAAUUCUCAUGUUUAUCAACUUUUUAACAUACAACGCAAUAGAGGGACCAGAAAUGAAACAUUCCUUAAACUGAGCUAAAUAUUUUACAGUUCAUAGUACAUAUCCAGUUCCAUUAGAUAAUUAAUUGUUGAAUUUAUUAGAAACUAAGCUCUCUGUGUACUUGACACUCAAAGUUAUAACAUGACAAAAAGUUGAAACACACUAGUUAAUCAUUUCCCAUUUUUUUUUUUUUCAAAAAAAUUCCUCUUAUCAGUGCAACUAACUCUAAUUUAUUAUAAUAAACAAAAUUUAUUACUUACUAAUCAAUGUCUAUAUAUAUAUAUAUAUAUAUAUAAAUAAUCAAUAUACACUGUAAGAUGUAUCUAUUUAUAUCGGCGACUGCACUUUGUGAUAAACAGAUGAAGGGAAUGUUAUAAAAUUAUUAGUAUAAAAGCUAAAUAGAUAAGACAAGAAAAGAAAAAAGAAAAUACUACGCCUACCCUAAAUGAUAUGGAAUAAGGGGAGAAAAUUAUGUUUAAUUUGUCGUAUUUAUCAUUCGGUGUCACAAAUAAUGUUAGACAACUUUUGUUAUAAUAAUGCUUACGUAAUUUAAAUAAUUAAUAUACACAGUGAAUUUUCCAAACACAUGUGAAAGGUCAAUAUAAGAAUUACGAUUCUAAUAUACUGGUAAUUUUUUUUUCUUGUCUAUGGAUUCUAUUGCCAGGUAGAAAAAAUAGUUUUUAGAAAUCCAGUGAUACCUGUGUGUGUGUUACUAUAAUUGUCACAUAUUUUUUUUUACUACAUCUGCCGUUCAUACGCUCUCUGUUUUUACCCAAUGGUUAGCUGGUAGAGAAUGCCAUAUGGCAUUAAACUCGCUAUUUGUACAAAGUUUUAUUGUACAAUAAGGAAUAAAUUAAAAAAAAAAAUAUCUACAAUUUUAUUAGAAUCAAAAUUGGCCUUCCAGUGUUUUCAGCUAUUAUUUAUAGUCUAGAAUUUCUCCAUUCACGCGCCAAUACUUAAUAAAUUGACCUAUAUAUAAUAUUAAAUACAUUUUAACCGUCUUUAUAAAAGGAGAAGGUCUAUGUACGACCGUAUUUUUUAAUGUAAAUAGUACACUUGACGGCUUGUAUUAAUUGCCAAGACUGUUACAAGAUCUGCAUUUAUUAUUUAAUUGAAAUAAUAUUAAUCAUGUGUAUUGUUUGAUAAUUAAGUUGAAAGAAAUUUUAACACAGGGAGACUACAAAAGUCUUUGCUUGGGCACCUUUUUCUUACUACUAUGCUCUUAAAAAAAAUCUUCAUAUAUUUACAUCAAAAAUGUCCAAAAUAAUCCUUAAGAAAUUUAUAAAAACUUAUAUUUGGAGCAUAGCAUUGUAUAGGUGUGAAACAUGGACAAUGACGCAGAAGGAAGGAAAGAUACUUGAGGCAUUCGAAAUAUAAUUGUUGUAAUUAUGUUAAAUUUAUUAAUCAUAUUUAUGUAAAGAGGACACGUAGCGCCAUCUGUUAUCGCUCUGAGAAUAACUCUGCGCACGCCAUAUUGUAUUUCUCCCUCUGAUUUUCUCUGUUACUUGCGUCGCAUGUCUAAUAUAUAUAUAUA